CUCAUUGCUAUUUGUGUACAUAUGAAGAAAUAAUGAAGGAACAACGAAAAAUUUCCAAAAGAAAAUUAAAUAACGUAAAAAGUGACAAUAAUAUAAAGAAAGAAGGAGGAGAUUUAAUAAAAUCCAUACUUGAAGAAGAAUCGGAUUCAGGAGCUGAAGAUUUAUUGUCUAAUGAAGUAAAUAAUAAUGAUGAAAGUACAGAUGAGGAAGUAGAUGAGAAUGAAGAUAUUCCUGAAUCAGACACUGAAAGAGAUCCAAUUGUCUUUGAAUCUGAUGAUGAAGAAGAUGAAUUAAGUUUUGAGAUCAAUUCAGAUGAUAGUUUAGCCAAAGAUUAUUCUGAAAAUGAUAGUAUUUCUCUUGAUGAAAGUAGUAAUGGAAGUGCAAAUGAUAUUUCGAAAAAGAAAAAGAAAAAUUUAAAAAUUAUUUUGGCAUCUAAGGAUAAUACAUCUAUAAAAAUAAAUAAAAAUAAAUCUUCCAUAUCUAAUAAUAAUAAUAAAAAUGUAUCUAAUACAUUGCAAAACCACAAACAUAGCAAGCCCAUUACAAACAAAACAAAUAAAUCUGAUGAAUCAUUUAUUUCAGAAGUUACACAAAAAAAUAAAGCACAAAAUAAAAAUGAUUUAAAAACAAAUAAUGUAGAAAAAUUUGAAGAGAAUACGGAUAUUAAGGGAAAUACCAAAUGUAAUACAAUUAAUGAAAAUGUAAAUAGUGAUAAAUCAGAAACAAAUCGGCAAAUAAAUGAAUACGAAUAUGAUACUUCUGAUGAAGAAGAUAUUCGUAAUACAGUUGGAAAUAUACCAAUGAAAUGGUAUGAUGAAUAUGAUCAUAUUGGUUAUAAUUGGGAUGGUAAAAAAAUUAUAAAACCUCAAAAAGGUGAUCAAUUAGAUAAUUUUUUGAAAAGAAUGGAAGAUCCUGAUUUUUGGAGAACAAUUAAGGAUCCUCAAACUGGGCAAGAUGUUGUAUUAAGUGAAGCAGAUAUUGAUUUGAUUACAAGAAUACAAAAACGCAAAAUUCCUGAUGUAACUUUUGAUGAAUAUUCUCCAUGGAUAGAAUGGUUUACUUCAGAAGUGAUGAAAACACCAUUACGUAAAUUUCCAGAACAUAAACGUUCAUUUUUACCAUCUAAACCAGAAGCUAAAAAGAUAUCCAAAUUAGUUCAUGCACUUAAAAUGGGAUGGAUAAAAUCUACUGCUGAUUUAAAAAAAGAAAGAGAACAAAAAAAGAAUGAACCACAAUUUUAUAUGUUGUGGCAAUCAGAUGAUCAAGCUGAAGAAAUGCGUAGAAUUCAUAAACAUAUUCCACCACCAAAAAGGCAUUUACCUGGACAUGCAGAAAGUUAUAAUCCUCCACCAGAAUAUCUAUUUGAUAAAAAAGAAUUAAAAGAAUGGAAUAAAUUACAGGCAACACCAUGGAAACGAAAAUUACAUUUCAUUCCACAAAAAUAUAAUUCACUUCGUGAAGUUCCUGCUUAUCCUAAAUAUGUUAAAGAAAGAUUUCAGAGGUGUUUAGAUUUAUACUUAUGUCCUAGAGCAUUGAAAAUGAGAUUAACAAUAGAACCUGAAGCAUUAGUACCCCAAUUACCAAGUCCAAAGGAUUUACAACCAUUUCCUACUACAAUGUCUAUGAUAUUUAAAGGACAUACAGAUAUGGUAAGAAGUAUUACUGCAGAGCCAAUGGGUCAAUAUAUUGCUUCUGGUGGUGAUGAUAUGAAUUUAAAAUUAUGGGAAAUAGCAACGGGCAGAUGUGUCAAAACAGUACCAUGUGGGGGAAUAAUUAGAUCUGUAGCAUGGUGUCCAAAUCAAUCUCUAUCACUUAUAGCAGUUGCUGCAGAUAAAAAGGUUCUUUUAAUAAAUCCUGGUAUUGGAGAUCAUUUAAUUACUAACAAAACAAAUCAAUUAUUAGAAAUAAUACCUCAAAGUGAUGUUAUAGUGAGUGAGAGAGUGAAAACUGCUGUUCAGUGGGAACAAGCAGGAGGUGAACACUGGACUAAUGGAAUUAGAAUAAUUUUAAAUCAUUUUAAAAUAGUAAAACAAGUAACCUGGCAUGGUAAAGGUGAUUAUUUUGCAACUGUUAUGCCAGAUGGCCAAAAUAGAUCUGUCUUAAUAAAUCAAUUGUCGAAACGAAGAUCUCAAUUGCCUUUCACCAAAUCUAAAGGUUUAAUACAGUGUGUCUUAUUCCAUCCAAUUAGGCCUUAUUUGUUUGUAGCAACUCAACGAAACGUACGAAUAUAUGACUUAAUGAAACAAGAAAUGAUUAAAAAAUUGUUAUCGAAUUCACAAUGGAUAUCAUCAAUGGCAAUACAUCCAGGAGGUGAUAAUAUUUUAGUAGGCACUUAUGAUCGUAAAACGUUAUGGUUUGAUCUUGAUUUAAGUACAAAACCUUACCAGACAUUACGUUUACAUGGUACAGGUGUUCGUGGUGUUGCAUUUCACAAAAGAUAUCCUCUUUUUGCAUCUGGUGCUGAUGAUAGGAGUCUUAUUGUUUCCCAUGGAAUGGUGUACAAUGAUUUGUUGCAAAAUGCAUUAAUUGUACCACUUAAAAGAUUAUACAAUCACGAAUCUUACAAUGAUUUUGGUAUUUUGGACGUGAUGUUUCACCCUAUUCAACCAUGGGUAUUUUCUGCGGGUGCGGAUUCAUCAAUACGAAUGUAUACUUGAAUGAGACUAAACAUAUAGGAACUUUUGUAUCGCAAUAAGGAAUUAUGCGAUCGUGUUAUUACGAUUA